AUGUUAAAUCUUCUAUCAAGUGAUACUAUAGUUGUUUCUCCUUCGCCACUUUCUUAUUUUGAUAUCUCAUUUUUAACUUUUGAAGCUGUUUUAGAAGUUGUUAUUAUUUGUUUUGCAGGUUUCAUAGCUGCCAAAUCCGGUUUAUUAACUACUCAAGGUCAGAAAUCCCUAAGUGCUUUAAAUGUUGAUUUAUUUACACCAUGUUUGAUUUUUUCAAAAUUGGCUUCAAAUUUAUCGUUGAGUAAAUUGAUUGAGAUCAUUAUCAUUCCUAUAUUUUAUGCCAUUUCAACCCUUAUAUCUUUUGGAUGUUCUAAAUUUACCAGUUAUUUAUUGGGCUUGAAUGAGCCAGAAACGGAUUUCGUUACAGCAAUGGCUGUUUUUGGUAAUUCCAAUUCCUUACCGGUCAGUUUGACUUUAAGUUUGGCCUAUACUUUACCUGAUUUAUUAUGGGACGAUAUUGUUGACGACAACAGUGAUAAAGUUGCGGGUAGAGGUAUUUUAUACUUGUUGAUUUUUCAACAAUUGGGUCAAGUUUUGAGAUGGUCCUGGGGUUUUAACACAUUAUUAAGAAAAAGAUCUCAACUAGAAUUGAAUACUUAUCAUACAAAAAACGGCAAAGUUGUUGUUUAUGAGCAAUGUCGUUUGAUUUCUCCUGAUGAAAUUGAACAAACUUUGUACAUUGAAGAUGCCCUCCGACAACAAGAUCAAGAUCAAGAACAUGAAACAACAAGAGAAAUUCAAUUAUCUGAUGAAGAACACCCUGCUAAUGAUUCAAAAGGUUUUUCUGAAUUGCCAGGCGUUAAACAAUUUUUGGCAUUCAUGAAUCCUCCAUUGUAUGCCAUGUUGAUUAGUGUUAUUGUCGCUUCUGUGCCGUAUCUCAGAAAUUUGUUUUUUGGCACUGAAAAUGGUGGUUCAUUUGUUCAUAAUACUUUGGCCAAAUCAAUUACUGGUUUAGGAAGUGUUUCAAUUCCUUUGAUUUUGAUUGUUUUAGGUUCCAAUUUAUACCCUUCCAGUGAUAUUCCACCUGCUUCAAAACAUUACAAUAGAAUUUUAAUUGGUUCGCUAUUAUCAAGAAUGAUUUUACCUUCCAUUAUUUUAUUACCAAUUAUUGCUGUUUGUGUUAAAUAUAUCAAUACUUCAAUCUUAGAUGAUCCUAUUUUCUUGAUUGUUGCUUUUAUUUUGACUAUUAGUCCUCCAGCUAUUCAAUUAUCUCAAAUCACACAAUUAAAUAAUGUUUAUCAAAAGGAAAUGAGUGGAGUAUUAUUUUGGGGUUAUGUUAUUUUGACUGUUCCAACAACCAUUUUCAUUGUUGUUUGUUCUUUGAAGGUUUUAGAAUGGGCCAAAUAA